AUGAUGUUUAUCUCAGGCAAAGGGAAGGACGAUUACCUCACGGGAUUGGCUGCUGCACCAAAGCCGACUGACCCUAAGUACAAGAUCUGGAAAGUAGAAAAUAAUAUGGUGAUGUUUUGGCUAUUCAAUACCAUGGACGCAGACAUAGGGCAGAAUUUCUUGUUCUUCGACACUGCACAGGAAAUUUGGAUGGCGGCUCAAGAGACUUAUUCCGAUAACGAAAACCCUGCUGAAUUAUUCAAGAUCAAGGGGGUGCUUCAUGAUCUAUGGCAGGGAGAAUCAAAUGGCACUCAAUACUAUAAUUGUCUCACUCGUUAUUGGAGACAACUGGACAUGUUUGAUAGUCCGGCUUGGGAAUGUCCUGGAGAUGCAACCCUCUACAAGAAAAUUAUAGAGAAAGAGAGAGUUUUCAAGUUUCUUCUAGGGCUUGACAAAUCCCUCGAUGAAGUAAGGGGGAGGAUUCUUGGAACCAAGCCCCUCCCAUCCAUUCAAGAAGCAUUCUCGGAAGUCAGACGAGAGGAGAGUAGGAAGAAACUUAUGCUAGGAAGCUUACCGCCCAUAGGAAACGAAGCUUCAGCCCUUGUAGCAAGAGGAGUCAAUGCAGCCCACGACACAAAACAAAAGAAAACUCGGCCUUGGUGUGAUCACUGCAAGAAAACAGGUCACAUUCGAGAUACUUGCUGGAAAAUCCAUGAAAAAGCCCACUGA